CUGCUGUAGAGAAACAAAAGCACAGUUGUUGGUGACUGAAAUCAUGAGAGAUUUCCACUAUUCUCCAGGAACACUGCUUUAUCCGUGGACCAUGUCGUGAGGUGUGGCUCUACACGCUCGGGAUACUACCAAUAGAUACGCCUGGGAGCGGGGCAGAAGAUGUCCGCCUCAGUAGGGCCCCAAAACGUCCCUCGCCCACCCACCGUGCCGGCUCCCAUGCCUGAUGUAUCGCCAGACUUGAGUCACCUCACGGAGGAGGAAAGGAAAAUCAUCAUGGCAGUGAUGGUUCGGCAAAAGGAGGAAGAGGAGAAGGAACAAGCCAUGUUAAAGACACUGCACCAGCAGUUUGAGAGUUAUAAGGAGCAGGUGAGGAAGAUUGGGGCAGAGACUAAACAACAGCAGGCUGUCCAUAAAGAUGUUGCACCUACCUGUGGCAUCUGCCGCAAGACCAAAUUUGCAGAUGGUUGUGGGCACCUGUGUUCCUACUGCCAGACUAAGUUCUGUGCCCGCUGUGGAGGAAGAGUGUCUCUGCGCUCGAAUAACGAGGAUAAAGUGGUGAUGUGGGUAUGUAACCUGUGCAGAAAACAGCAGGAAAUCCUAACUAAAUCAGGAGAAUGGUUUUCAACUGGGCCUGGGGGGCGACCUCUUAGUGUGGGCGCUCCCCUCAGUGGCCCUGAGAUGGACAAGGAUAGGAAGUUGCGCUCCAGAUCACAGGCUCCAGGCAUUAACGCAAUCGACACUCUGCCACCCAGCAUUGGUCCUGGUUACCCCACCAGGGGAGCAGAUGUAAUGCCUACCUCACGCUCCCGCAGUGAACCGCCACGAGACAAGAAGAGACCCGUGUCCAUGCAUGAGCAGAAUGGAAAGGUGAUUGGGCGUGGAGAGAGAAGGAGGGGUCCAGGCAGGUUGUCAUCACAAGCUUCUGAAGACCGAGCUCCUGGUGAGAAGUGGGACAGCAGACGAUUGGAGAAAGGCCACUCCCAGGAGUUCCCAGAGGAUGACCCCCAUACUGACCGAAGAAGGAGACAGGAGGAGGAAGAGCAAGAGCGUCAAAGACGAGAGGAGGAGUACCAGACCCGUUACCGUAGCGACCCGAACCUAGCCCGCUACCCUGUUAAACCACCGAAGGAAGAACAGGAAAUGCGUAUGCAUGCCAAAGUGUCCAAAAUGCGUCAGGAGCGCCAUCACAGUGACCUAGCCAUCAAUGAAAUGGGAUUGCUCCAAGAUGGUGGUGAAGCCGCUGGAAAUCGUAUGAGCAGGCAGCGAGUAGUUUGCAACGAGGACCGCAAGGCCCUUUUAGAGAACCAUCGAGUUUAUACUGUGGACAGGACCGUGGGGGGUGGCAUUGGGGGACAAGAAUCCCUUGCUAAACAGGGCCAUGGUGGCCCUCAUGUGGGCCCUGCAGGGCCCCCAGACCUCAGGGAUGGACCUGACUGGGGCCCAAAGGGGCAUCUGGAACCUGGGUGUGCAGCAUUUCUGCACAGGGCAAAGCGAGAAAAGGCUGCCGAAAUCCUGUGUAAAGACUCUUCCCUUAGCUCGGACCAAUCUGAGUCAUUGCGGCCACCUCCACCAAGAGCCUAUAGACCCAAACGAGGCUUCAACAAGAGGCAGAUGUCCAUCAGUAGCUCUGAGGAGGACGGCGGCUCCACGCCUGAAUACACCAGCUGUGAGGAUGUGGAGAUCGAAAGUGUUAGUGAAAAAGGUGAAUGGGACUGUCAUCCUCUGGACCCCACUGUGUGGCAUCAUCCUGUUAGCUGGCAGCCAUCCAAAGAGGGAGAUCAUUUGAUUGGCCGCAUCACUCUAAGUAAGCGUUCCACCAUGCCAAGAGAAGCCGGUUCCCUGCUGGGUCUGAAGGUGGUUGGUGGGAAAAUUACAGAGUCAGGGAGACUUGGGGCCUUCAUCACCAAAGUAAAGAAAGGAAGUUUAGCUGACAUUGUAGGCCAUUUACGAGCAGGUGAUGAGGUGUUACAGUGGAAUGGAAAGGCAUUGCCUGGGGCAACUAAAAAGGAAGUGUACAACAUUAUUUUAGAAUCCCAGUCUGCACCUCAAGUGGAAAUAGUUGUUUCUAGACCAAUUGGAGAUACACCAAGAAUUCCUGGGACGUCACAUCCUCCUCUAGAGUCAACUGGUUCCAGUUCUAUAGAUGAAUCCCAAAAGAUGGACCGGCCAUCCAUCUCAGUUAUGUCUCCCACCAGUCCUGGGGUGUUGCGAGAUCUCCCUCUGGUACUACCAGGCCAGCUGUCAGCAAAAUUAUGGUAUGAUAAAGUGGGCCAUCAGCUUAUUGUCAAUGUCCUACAAGCACGAGACCUGCCCCCUCGACCUGAUGGACGACCCAGAAAUCCUUACGUAAAAAUGUAUUUUCUUCCUGAUAGAAGUGACAAGAGCAAGAGAAGGACAAAGACGGUGAAGAAGAGUGCAGAGCCAAAGUGGAACCAGACGUUCCUUUACUCUCACAUCCACCGCAGAGACUUCAGAGAGCGCAUGCUGGAGAUUACUGUGUGGGACCAGCCCAGAGUCCAGGAGGAUGAGAGUGAAUUUCUGGGGGAGAUUCUGAUUGAACUGGAGACAGCUCUGUUGGAUGACCAGCCUCACUGGUACAAACUGCAAAGCCAUGAUGUGUCCUCCCUCCCUCUGCCCCAGCCUUCCCCCUGCCUCCCCCGAAGACAUCUUCAUGGAGACAGUCCCAGCAAGAAACUGCAAAGAUCUCAUCGCAUCAUUGAGACAGAUUAUGAUGAUGGUAUAACGGUAGUGUCCUCAGCAGAGAGGAACUCUCGAGACAAGGAGAAGUCAAGCACACUGAUGGUACCUGAGAGACAGGCGGCCAUACAGCAUCGCUCACGGUCAGUGUCCCCACACAGAGAAGGCCAGUGUAGAGCCCGGUCACGACCCGCACACGUCCCUAUGCAGAGAAGUCUAGAUGAGAUCCACAAAAAUCGCCAUCAUUCCUACUCUCCCUCCCAUUACCGGGAAUCCCACCAGGAACAUCGCUCUGGAGACUCUGACUAUGAAUAUUCAGAGGACAGUGAGGUCCUGGAGAUGCACAGAUCAAUCCGAGGUGGGAGUGCCGAGUGCCUGCAUACAAACAGUGAUCUUCAGCCUUCAUUAAACAGAUUAAGAAGUGCCAGUACGACUUGUUUGCGACCAGAGACCAAUUUCCACUCACCCAAUAGAGAAAGGUAUUCUGGCAGUUUGGAUAUGCCGAGCUGCCAGAAGGCUAACAUGAAAACUAUUGAUUGUGACAGACUCCAGCCAACUUCUAUCCUGAGGGGCAGCAGCAGGAGGAGAGAGCCUCCCCUCAGGCCCUUUGGCCAGACCACAUUGGGGGGUUCCUGCCCUAACUCCCCACGAGCUGACAGAGAAUUUCAACAAGGUGGACAUUAUUCCUCAGCAGGGACGACAUCAUUAGGGCGCAGGGGCAGACAGCUGCCACAACUCCCUUCAAAGAGCAGCAGUAUAGAGCAAGCACUAGCAGUGGAAGAGAGGGCUCGUCAGUUGCAGAUGAGAGUGCAGAACUAUCGGUCGGGCUCUUCUGCCAGCUCUGGUCACGACCCAGAUGCAGAGCUCAAGAACAAGAGAGAUAUGUAUAAGGACCAGAGGAGGAGUUGUGAUAACAUGUCUGCAAGGUCAUCAGACAGUGACAUGAGCGAUGCAUCAGCCAUUUCCCAUGCCAGCAGUGCCUCACGACUGAGCGCCACCAGCUACUUGUCCAUUCAAUCUGAGAGACCACACGGCAGAAUCAGGUCAAAGUCGUUGGAGAGUUGUAAAUGUGAAGAGAAGAAGGAGAGAAGGAUUUCAUGGGGGGUGAAUGGAACAGAUAACAGGAGGAGUCUGGGAAAGAGGCGCUUCUCUGAGGAGCUUAAACGCAGGCGUCAUACGGUGGCUGGAGAUGUGAGAGAGACUGAUCGUCAAGUCCGAGCCUCAUCUGGUCGGAGUAUGCUAAAAAGCACAAGCGUUAGUGGUGACAUAAACACAGCAGACCGAACGGAUGGCAGCCAGUCUGACACUGCCCUGGGAACAGUAGGAACUGGAGCAAAAAAGCGGCGCUCCAGUCUCAAUGCACGCUUUGUGGCUAUCGUGGGAAACCGUCGCAGCCGAAGUACCUCACAAAUCAGUCAGACAGAGGCGACCAAUAAGAAGUCGAAGGGUAGCCAAGGGACGAUCCAGCGCAGUCAGGAGACAGGAAUGGCUGUGGAAUUGCAGAGGAAUAUGAGCCGUCAACCCAGCCGAGAAUCCAACAACGGCAGCAUGAACAGCUACAACUCAGAGGGAAGUCCAAUCUUCCCAGCGGUUCGAGUUGAAACUCAGUUCAGUGACUUCCUUGAUGGAUUGGGCCCUGCUCAGCUCGUUGGUCGACAAACCCUAGCCACACCAGCAAUUGGUGACAUUCAGAUUGGCAUGGUAAAUAAGAAAGGCCAGCUUGAGGUGGAAGUGAUAAGAGCACGAGGUCUCAUCCAAAAGCCAGGAUCCAAAUCACUCCCUGCUCCAUAUGUCAAAGUCUAUCUGCUACACAAUGGGGCGUAUGUAGCUAAGAAGAAGACCAAAAUUGCCCGCAAGACACUUGACCCACUGUACCAGCAAACGCUGCAGUUUGAAGAGAGCCCACAGUGUAAAGUGUUACAAGUAAUUGUCUGGGGCGAUUAUGGGCGAAUGGACCACAAAUCCUUCAUGGGAGUUGCACAAAUCCUGCUAGAGGAGCUGGACCUUUCCAGCAACGUGAUUGGCUGGUACAAACUUUUCCCACCUUCGUCCCUAGUUGAUGCAACUCUUGCCUCUCUAACUCGACGUGCUUCUCAGACAUCCCUGGACGGUUCGCUAGCACCUGCGGGGGUACGAUCGUAGUGGACUAGCUUAAAGAGCACAGUCAAUACAAGCUGAGAGACAGCAGGACAACAAUAAGAGCCAGGCAGAAAAUGUGAUGUAAUAACACAAAGCUUUGUUCAAAUCUGACAAUCACUCCUGUGACUUUGUUUCUAUGUUUCCCUCUUUGUGGUUAGCCAGUGUUCUGCCAAAUUUGUUUGUCCUAAACAAAGUCAUUUGUUUCUCUCACUGUUUGUUGUGUGAGACUUAGGGCUGUCUAUACUACCACGAGGAAGCACUGCUUUAGGGUUACAUACAGUAUAGAGUGCAUAACUAAAGCAGGGUGAUAUUCAGUCAAGACUUUUUAUGUUGGCUAGUUUUUAACAGAGCAUCAGAAUGUAUCAACCCCAAAAACAAAGGUGACCUCUGACCAAGGCCCAGCCGAGGCCCUGUCAAAACCCUAUUUGGAUUGGAAAAAGUCAAUGGUCAGGACCUUACAAGAUUCAGGGCCCCAUGGGGAGGUUGUCUGGAAGGGCAGGGCCUUUCUUGGUGCCUACACCUGGAGGACCCAAAGCCGUGGUCUAUUUUCUCCAAAAGUUCCUCUUUUUCAAUCUUUGUGGAAGUUAUUGGAGGCCGCUCUCUUCUAGAAGUUGUUUUUUAUUUGUUUAGUUCUUUUUGCAGAUUGUUUUCACAUCUGUUUUAUGAAAAACAAGAGGUUUGUGUUGUCCAGUAUACUGUGAAAAUGACAAAAUAAGCUCAAAGUGAGACAAAGUAUCUGGAUACACAUUUCUUAGCACAUUAUAUAUUUUUUAUUUAUUUAUUGUUAACUGUUGCAUUAUCUUACAGUACACUGUAAUAUGUAAUCAUAUUCAGUGAAUUCUUUCAGACAUAAUUAUCAAUAAAUGUUAUUAAAAAGUAAAUUUAGUUGCUGGAAAAAAACAAUCUUUUGUUUCAAAUUUCUGUAAUUCUGCAUUUCCAUUGGUCAGCACCCUAACACGGGAAAAUGUACAUCUACACAAAAGUGCUGUUACAGUAUGUAUUGAGGAUGUCUUCAGUGACUAAAUUAACUUUUGAAAUACAUUAGAUAUAAGUGUUUGUAGAAUUUACUUUUUUAGGGUGUUGACCAAUAGAUAUGGUUUAGCAAAAGUAAUUUUAGCAAAGCAACUUACACCACCCUGAGGUUUAACGUUUUUUGACAAACCCAAGCUCUUCAACAAGCCCUUGUACAUAUGUAAGGUUUUAUGUGCCAUUAAGUUUUAUUCAUUUUUUAAAUUUAAAUGUAAGCACAAAAGUUUGAUUUUUAAUAGAAAAAAGCAGAUGAAAAAUAGAUUUUUCUUAAAUCAAGCCAACAAGUUAGCUUUUUCUUGUCAAUUUUAUUUCCACUUUGUUUACUAUACAGAAAGCAAAAAGAGUCAUAGAAAUGCAAAUUCCUCUGUGUGUCUCUGUAAAUGUUGAAGUGACCAAUCUGAUUUUGCCAUCACAAACAUAAACACCACUCAUCUGUCAGACCACUGGCCCCUCCUUUCAGUGCGGCAGAGCAGCAUGACUCGGAUCAGUUCCAAGUUGCAUGCACAUUUUUGUAAAACAGACUACACAAAUGUUAAAAAGUUACAGAAAUAGAUAUGUGUUAGUUCAACAUACUGUAGGACAGCUUGUAUGUUGCAUGUACCUGUACAGUUUGCUUGUACUACUUGAAUAUAAGAGAUAAACCAAGAAAAAGAAGCCAUUUGCUUUCUCUCAGACUUUUCAGAUUAGCUAAAAUACUAGUCCAUUUCCUCCAUUCGGUGCUGAAUGUUGCAACAUUUCUUUUUUUUCUUUUUUUUCAAAAUUUUAAUUAUUGCUUUUCAGUCUUUUAUAUCCCUUUGGGGGAAAUGUGCUAUAACACUGAACAAAACCUCCCUCCUCUUUUACAGAUUUAACUGUUUCGUAAUUUACCUCAAAUCCACUGAGAUAAACCUUUAAAUGGUGUAUAGGCCUACAUCCCAUUAAGUUAUUACAAUAUUAAAACAUGAAAUAUCAGAAAUAUAUCAUACAUACAUACCGGUAUCCAUGCUUUAUAUACACGUAGUUGCACAGAGAUUCAUUAGCGCAUGUGUUUUAUAUAUGAAAUAACCGUGUGGUUAAGCCAUAUUUUCAAAGGGGCCAAGGCAUACUUUUGAGAUCUACCAUCUCAAUAUAAGGGGCCGCUGAGCGGACACCUUUCUUAUCAUAUGGGUCCAAGUCAAGAGCUCUCACUUUCACUUUUAGAGGGUCAGACAAUUCCGCUCAACAGGUGUAGCCAGAUCAUCAUUUUCUCUGUGCUUUCAAGCCAAAUUCCUCACCUCAAAAUUAGAAAAAUAUAAUUGUUUUCCUUCAUGAGAGACAGGUUUUUAUUUUAUCAAUAUUCUUGGAUAGAGGGGAAACACAAUGCUGACUGUUUACAACUUAAAGUAUGUGUUACACUGAGAUGAUAAAAAAAAGAAAAAAGUAUUCACUGCAACAUUUCUGUUUGUAUACAGGUGUGGCUCAUAUGAUGUUUAUGUUUUAUAUUUACUGUAAAAAAAAAAAGAAGAAAAACUUCAUUUUUAUUAUUUCCAAAUAAAAAAAAGUGUGUGGAAGUAAUUUCAGUCCAAUGUUCAUGUUCUUUUCCUGACUGCCUACAUGGCUUUACCUUUAAAUGCAUGGGACUUUCACCAAACACUCUUACAUAUU